UCUGUUCAGAGGAAGGCGCUGUGGGGGGCGGGACCGAGCCGUGGGUGCACCCCCCCCCAUACUGGACGGCCAGCGUCAGGGUUCUGCGCAUGGAGCAGCGAGCUGGCACAGCGCGACAGGAACCCAAGGCAGGGGCCGCCCUCGGGAAGUCCUGGGCGCGCCCCGAGCCUCUGGGACCCGCCCCGGCCGCGCGCGCUCCCGCCUCCCCGCGCCCCGCAGUGGUGGCGACAUGGUGGUGCUGAAGGGCGUCCCCGCGCUGCUGUCCCCGGAGCUGCUCUACGCCCUGGCGCGGAUGGGCCACGGAGACGAGAUCGUCCUCGCGGAUGCGAACUUCCCCACCUCCGCCAUCUGCCAGUGCGGCCCCGCGGAGAUCCGCGCCGACGGCCUGGGCAUCCCGCGGCUCCUGGAAGCUGUGCUGAAGCUGCUGCCCUUGGACACCUACGUGGAGAGUCCGGCUGCCGUCAUGGAGCUGGUGGCCAGCGACAGGGCGAGGGGCCUGCAGACCCCGGUGUGGAAAGACUACGAGGCUCUCCUCGCCAGGGCGGACUGCACGAAAACCCUAGAGAAGAUAGAACGGUUUGCAUUUUAUGAGCGGGCGAAAAAGGCUUUCGCGGUUGUAGCAACUGGGGAAACCGCCCUGUACGGAAACCUCAUCCUGAAGAAGGGGGUGCUUGCGCCCGACACCCCACAGUAGUCCUGGGUGAAGACUGUCUGUAGCCCCACGAGGAAUGGAGGAGCCCUGAACCCAGCACACCGCACCCCAACAGUCCUGCCAGCCCUGGGCCCUCCACCAGCCCACAGCAGCCAGAGCCGGGCCCAGCCAGGCUGCAGGGGCGGGCGCCACUCAGGGUCCUGCUCACCAGCUGGGGCUCCCCCCGACCCCCAGGUGUAUAAAAAUGAUGCAAUGUCUGUCGAUUUGUCGCCACAGUCUAAAGCACUUAAACAAUGCUUCCUUCUUACUCAAA